CCGUGGGCGCGUGCGCGCGUGCGCGGGGCGCGACCCUGCGGCCUUCCCGGGAGCGAGCGCGGCGGCCAUGGGGGCGGCGGCGGCCGAGGCGGACCGCACGCUCUUCGUGGGCAACCUGGAGACGAAGGUGACCGAGGAGCUCCUGUUCGAGCUCUUCCACCAGGCCGGGCCGGUGGUCAAAGUGAAAAUCCCCAAGGACAAGGACGGGAAACCCAAGCAGUUCGCGUUCGUGAACUUCAAGCACGAAGUCUCCGUCCCUUACGCCAUGAAUCUGCUGAACGGGAUAAAACUUUUCGGACGGCCGAUCAAGAUUCAGUUUAGAUCGGGAAGUAGCCAUGCAUCACAGGAUGCCAGUUUGUCGCAGCAUCCCCAACAUCUCGUUGGAAAUUCAAGCCCCACCUCCACAUCUCCUAGCAGGUAUGAAAGGACUGUGGAUAACAUGUCCCCUUCAGCACAGAUAAUUCAGAGAUCUUUCUCAACUCCAGAAAAUUUUCAGAGACAAGCAGUGAUGAACAGUGUUUUGAGACAGAUGUCAUAUGGUGGGAAAUUUGGUUCUCCACAUCUGGAUCAGUCAGGAUUUUCCCCAUCAGUUCAGUCCCACAAUCUUACUUUUAACCAGUCCUCGAGCUCCCAGUGGCGCCAGGAUCCAGCAGCAGCGCAGCGUAAAGUCAGACAGAGUUCUCAUCCCUACGUAGCAGAUAGACAUUAUGGUCGUGAGCAGCGGUACCCUGACUGUGAGCAGCGCUACAGCGAUCGCGAGCCCCGGUACACUGAGCAUGGCCCCGACCACCAUUACCGAGGAAGCAGAGAGGAUUUCUUCUAUGAAGAUAGGAGUCACGAUGGCUGGAGUCAGGACUAUGACAUGAGAAGAGACAGUAGUAGAGAUGGGAAAUGGCGCUCAUCUAGACACUAACAGUGACAAAAAGACACGUGGCAGGGUCAUUCUAGGUCCUUUGGGCAAUGUUGGUCUGGAAGUAUUUUGUCGAAGAACCAUCCAGAGCAGCCUGACAAGUUGCCACCUUCCCUGAUAAAAUUCGAAUAGCCUGUAGCUACAGACUAAUACAUAAAGAAGAAGAACCGUGGUUCCAGUUUCACUGACAUUAAUAACCUUUCACCUCAGGGUUUUUUGGAAGAGGAAAGGGAAAUGCAAAUGAAAAUGCCACUGUUCCUAAUCAUUUUAAGCAAUUGAGGAAGAAAUCCUAGUGUAUAGGUCUAUUGUACUAUAAAGCAAAUAUUUUAACUAAUUGUUAUCUUUUUGUAUUGCAGGAGGUUUCUUGUUAGUGAUUCAGAUUUUGGGGUCUACAAUAGAAAAGUUUAUAGUCUGAAAUAACUCAGUAUUUUGUUAAGUGAGAAAAUAGUGUUUCAGUGAAUCAUUUUACAUUUUGUUGAGACAGCUUAUUGGUCAGUUUGGGAGAAAUGACAUAUAACUUAGAGAAUUUAAGUUUUAUGCCAUGCUCUCGAGUUGAACUCUAAUUGAAAAUAUAAAUCUACACAUUGUUUUAUUCCAAAAUUUAAAACGUAUUAAUCAUGUUUGAUGUCUGAUUGAAAUCACUCAGGAAGUUGAAUAUCUAAAUGGAAUUUUUUUAACAUUAAAAAAUAGUGUUAGGUAAUUCCUCCUUUGGUGAAGAACAAAAAUGUGUUUUCAGAUAAAAUGGUAAAAUGU